UCAGCAGCAGCACGCUGCACAAAACUGCCCUGGCUCUUUAAAGGCGCUGCAAGCUGCGUGCUCGGAGCAUGCGCAGUAAGGGGAAGCAACAGCCCCUGUGAAAACAACAACAAUCCCUACAGCGGGGCCAGAAAAGAGAGAUGGCUCCUUGAAAGCUCCACACUUCUGGCCCUUAUCGCAAUACUAAUCCCAGCCCAGCUGCUGCUAUUUCUACCGGAGCGUUACAUCUCGAUGGUGUCGAGCCCAUGAACUUGGCCAGUCAAAGCGGGGAUGCUGGCGGAAGCCAGCUUCUCUUCGCCAACUUCAACCAGGACAACACGUCCUUAGCUGUUGGCACCAAAUCAGGGUACAAGUUUUUCUCCCUGUCCUCUGUGGACAAAUUGGAGCAGAUAUAUGAAUGUCCGGACACGGAGGAUGUGUGUAUUGUGGAGCGUCUCUUCUCCAGCAGCCUGGUGGCCAUCGUCAGCCUGAAGGCCCCCAGGAAGCUCAAAGUCUGUCACUUCAAGAAGGGAACCGAGAUCUGCAACUACUCCUACUCCAAUACCAUACUGGCUGUCAAGCUCAACAGACAGAGGCUGAUAGUGUGUCUGGAGGAGUCACUUUAUAUUCACAACAUCCGAGACAUGAAGGUGCUGCACACUAUCAGAGAAACUCCGCCCAACCCUUCAGGAUUGUGCGCCCUUUCCAUCAGCAACGAUAACUGUUAUCUGGCUUAUCCAGGCAGUGCUACAAUAGGAGAAGUCCAGGUGUUUGACACAGUCAACCUGCGAGCGGCUAACAUGAUUCCAGCCCACGACAGCCCAUUAGCGUCUCUGGCUUUCGAUGCCAGUGGAACCAAACUGGCCACAGCCUCAGAGAAGGGCACCGUCAUUCGUGUCUUCUCAAUCCCAGAGGGGCAGAAGCUCUUCGAGUUUCGAAGAGGAGUCAAGAGGUGUGUGAGCAUCUGCUCGUUGGCGUUCAGCAUGGAAGGCUUGUACCUGUCGGCCUCCAGCAACACAGAGACGGUCCACAUCUUCAAAUUAGAGACGCAGAAGGAGAAGUAUGUGCCAGCAGAGGAACCCACCACAUGGGGAGGGUACCUGGGCAAGGUCCUGAUGGCGUCCACCACCUACCUGCCUUCUCAGGUUACGGAAAUGUUCACCCAGGGGCGAGCCUUUGCUACCGUGCGUCUGCCUUUCUGUGGACAUAAGAACAUCUGUGCCUUAGCUGUCAUCCAGAAGAUUCCUCGGUUGUUGGUGGCAGCGGCUGAUGGUUACCUGUAUCUGUACAACCUGGAUCCACAAGAGGGAGGGGAGUGCACACUUAUGAAGCAGCACAGGUUGGAUGGCAGUGCUGAGCCAGCCAAUGAGAUCCUUGAGCAGUCACAUGACCGCCCACUUGUGGCCCCAACCUACAGUGCUGCUGUCCCUAAAGGUUACUGUGAAGAGCAGGGUGCCGUGGGAGGGGCGGGGCUCGAAGACGACCUCAACGACUUGCGCUUGGAAGAAGAGAACGAGCAACCGCCACUCAUCCUUGAAACUGACUGACUUAGUACCCACCAAUCAGAGGGCUCCUCUGGUGCUGCUAUGAAUAUGUGACACAAGGGGGGCAGAGGCAGGGUCAGAGGCGGGGGGUGUUUUUAAAACGCUCAGAAGUGUUCCAAGAGCCUGUCUGUCCGUCUGUUUGUCCGUUCACAUACAUGUCUCUCCCCCCCUCCCCCCUCCCCGGCUCCCCUUUCUCUCGGUUUGCCUGCGCAGGCCAAACUGAUGCUUUGCAUGUACAUGUGCCAACUGCUAAAAACAUGCUCCAGUGUGAAAACGAGUGUGUGUGUGUUGGACGUUUGAUAAAAGAAAACAAAUGUAGCUGUGUCUUCACUUAAGACACACAGACGCAAGCACUGUGUAAAAUGAAAGUGUUUGUGUAAGUGCCUCUCUGCCCCAGCGCCGUGCUUUCUUCUGUUAGAGAGGGGGAUCUCUUUGCAUUGGCUUAAUAAAAUCUAUUUUCAGUUGUCGGAUCUUAAUCGACGGUGUGUACCAUCUUCUUUUUUCCUCUCUCUCGUACAGGAUUGUGGCAUCACUCAUCUGGCUCAAGUUUAACCUCCAAAGAAGGAUUUGGAAGCCUUUUGGCAUGAGGAGGUGUUUGUUUUUAAGAGUGCGCUCGUGCUGAGGCCUCAUUUUUGUGUGUGUGUGUGUGUGCGUGCGUGUGCGCUGGGCAUGUACAUUAGCAAAACACUGUAAUUAGCCUCCACUUGUCCCCCCCAACCACCCCCUCCCACUUUCACCUCAUCCAUACAUAGGCUCAGUGAACCUUAACCUCCUCUCCCUCCCAUCAGGCCCGCAGUCAUUGGUUGAUUUUUAAACUCUGAUUAGUACUGAUCAUUUCUUAAAUCUACAUAACCGAUCAUGGCCAACGAUGUGUCAUGCGUAAGAAAGCAUGCAUGGUGUUGUUGACGUGGUACUUUGACCAUACAUUGAAGACAUUUGGGUGGUGAGGACCAGUUGAGGAAGGCAGGAAGCUGCCAGCGACGCAUUUCAUUGGCAGCCUCCUCCCCGUCACACUAGAUGUGGCCGAGACGUCACCGCACCAUGUCGUCGGGUUAUGACCGAAGAGCUUAGGCUCUCUGGGGGCGAGUGAACUGUGGGUUUUAGUUGUGCUGGAUCUGGAGUGCGGGCUGAGCCUCAUUGACUGGUCCAGGACGCUGCAUGAGUCCCCAUUAAUCCUUUUAGGUAUCUGAAGCCGCGAAACAGGGAUGAGCGGGCAUUUUCUAAUGAUUUUGUACAAAAUGUGAAACGUUCAUCUGAAACUAAAAUGACAAAUAAAUUCCAUGUUGAUGUAUGA